GAGCGUCAGUGGGCAACCGACCUCCGCGCCGUCAACAUCUCCCCUUACUUCGCUCGUCUUUCACUACCUGCGCGCGUUAAAACCCAGGUGUUCGCGCCCGUGUCCGAAGGGGUGAGAGCGAGGUGCCGGGGCGAGAAUGUAGGAUUCUGGCGAGGUCGAUGUGCAAGGAUUGUGAUACGACGAGAGAGAGACACGAUACGCCGAGGCCCUCUCUGUCAUGCACUUUCGCUUCCUUCCGCUCUAGAAGGAAUCUUGUGAAAUCUCGCGAAGCCCGAGCGACGAUGGCGAGGACGGAAAGGGGGGCGAGUGCGGGGAGCUCUCUGGGGACUCCGGUGGACGGCAACAACAACAGCAACGCUGAAGGAGGCGGCGACGUGGUCCUCGACGGCGGGAAGACGGAGGCGGCGUCCAGCGGGAAGUACCAGCUGCGGCCGCGGUCGGUUCACGCCCGGCGCCUCUGCGACAGCGACUGGAGCUUCGGGGAGAGCCUGCGACACAAGCCGCGUGCGGCGCCGCUGUCCAGGUACCGCAGGAAGACCGCCAACGCCCGGGAGCGCUACCGCAUGCGGCAGAUCAACACCGCCUUCGAGAGCCUUCGCGGCGUGUUGCCGUCGUGGGUGUGCAGUCGCCGCGCCGCCUCGGACAUGACCAAGAUCGCCACGCUGAGACUCGCCUCCGCCUACAUCCGGUCGCUGCAGGACAUCCUGGACGGCAGCGCCCCGCAGGACACCUGCUCGUGGGUCCUCUCCGCCAUCCUGGACGGCCCGACACCCAAGCGGCAGGAGCUGCAGCCCAAGAGCCAGAAGUGCGCCGCCCUCUGCUCCCCGGAGCCGCCGGACGUCAUGGCUCUCCUGUGCGGCUCCGCGGACCACCAGGCCCUGCAGGACGACCUCGACGCCGAGUCCUACUUCUCCGCCAUCUCCGAGAGCGACGCGGUGACCUUCUUCCUCAAGUCCGACUCGACAGGCCUCUGGGGCGCGGGCGACGGCCAGCAGGCGCAGGUCGCUUCGUGAUCGAGACCCUCCCUGCUUCCGUGUAUUUAUUCGUGGCCAUCGUCUCUGUUUUGAUUUUCUUGCUGUUUAUUUAUUAGGAUGUUUUUGUCAAGAGAAAAGAUAUGUCGCAGGUCGAAACUGUUCUCUUAUAUUUAUUUAUGUUAAUUAGGGAAAGAGUACAUAGGAAAAGGAAGUAGUGAUGUGAAAAAUUACCUUAGAAAAGAUGUCUUUUAUAUCUCCUUGCUUAUGUCUAUAUGAUGGAAAAAAAGCAAAAAACAAAAUCGAAUCUGGUCCGUAGAUCUAUAGUAUAUGCAAUAUAUUAGAUAGAUAUUUAAGUAGAUAUAUGAUUGUUAUUGUUGUAGAGCAUUUAUCUUUUCAUAAUUUAUGGUUACUCUGUGCAAUGAUACUCAACGUCCAGAAAGCUAGUGUCUAAAAUUAUCUUUUGAGAAAUUCCGUUUCAUUACUGAUUUGAUCUGAAUCACAAUUCGAUACUUUUAGUAAGCAUAACUUCAGAAAUUGUGUUUAUUUUAUAGUUUUGUAAGCAUGUGUGUUAUCUCCUGUUUUAUAUUUGAUA